UAAACAUCCAUCACAGUAACCGUGUCAAACGAGGUUGUUUUUAUCUUCUCGAAAAAACUGUGAAUAAUCUCCUUAGAUGGCAAUCUUUUGUAGCUUGGUCUUAUUUGCGAUGUCUUUCGAUGUAGCCUGGUGUUUCGUUCACGUUACAGCUUCUUCUUCGUGGCCCGCUGGUUCAUAUGCUCUACCAAUGGCAGACUCGGGAUGUCCCGAGAGCAGCGGAUUCACCUGGUACACAGGACAUCGAACUGAGGAGUUAGAAAACGAUAGCAACAAAAAUGCACGUUCUCCGAGGAUUCAUUUAAAAGCUGAUAUAGGAAAACCGGAAAUAACACGACGCUUCUGCGUCAAAAACUCCACAGCAACCGAUAAAGGAAAGCCUAAGUGGCCGAACGGAAAAUUCUGCAUUUACAAGGAGGGCGACUUCUGUCCUCAAGGAUUUUACGAAGGCCUCGUUCGUUGGGAUGACGACAACAAAAAAAACGGAUCCAAUCGAAACCACAAAGGAGGAAAACUUCCAGCAGGAGUCUACAACCAGGACACUUUGAUAUAUUUCUGUUGUAAGACAACAGGGUUUAUUAUCAAAAGGAUAGCACUGCCAGUCAGUAAGCCUUUUUAUCUAAUGGCGUUUGGGUCCAAAACUUGUCAAGAAGUCCAGGGUGCUGUGUAUUCGCUUGAAUAUGUGGUCUUUGAUACCGAAAAUACCAACAAUAUGGACUCCAGGGUUUACCCUUAUCCAUAUGGAGCUGAUCGUAAGGAACCCACGAUUCACUACUGUUACUACAGAGAAUGCAAGUGGAACUUAAAUCAGACGAGCGGAGAAUUCUCUUCGCCAUAUUUUCCAAGCAAUUACCACAACUUUCAAGACUGUCAGUGGAACAUUACCGCUCCCAGAGAUCACGUGAUAAGACUACAGUUUGGAGUCCUCAAACUCGAAUCCGAUCCUUCCUCGUGCGGAAACGACCGCUGCGGCUGCGAUUAUGUUGAUAUACAACAAGAGUCAGUGACAGGUCACGUAACAACGCUUGGAAGAUUUUGUGCGACGAUUUUAUCCCUGCCAAUCAUACAGUCAUCGACCAAUAAAAUGAUAGUUACGUUUCAUUCAGAUCACGCUAUAACAGCCAAAGGUUUCAACGCAUCCUACACGAUAGUCCAGAAAUCUACCGAAAUAACAUCCACAGCUGCAACGGAAACGGCUUCGCCAAUGUACAAUACUUCACAACCAACUUCCCCGAGUGUAAAAACAAUUCAACAGUCAACUUUGGAUGCUAAAGAAAGCAAUAUUACCCCACCAGACGCUACACUUUCAACAAUGGAAGUUACUGAAACUGCUCGCGAUGAAACCACUGAAAACGUCCAAGCAACACUUAGAGAAAGACAGAUAUCCACUUCUCAAGUUCCAGCGAGCAAUGAGGCAGAAUGGAAGUCAACUCAAAGUAUCCAUGAUGUUCAAUCAUACGGGAAUGAAGAGUUGCUCUCUCGUAAAGUCAUGGGCGUCCCGCUGAAAUACAUAAUUAUUGCGAGUGGCUCUUGUGUUGUAUUGUUCUUUUUCAGUUUUCUCCUAGUAUGCCAGCUUUGCAAAAGAAGGCAUCGUUUACGUAAAAGGCGUAACCAUUCCCGUGAAAUAGUAAGAUACAGCAACGUAUGAGAAUCAAGCAUAUCCAGUGCUCCACUAUCAUCCAUCAAUAUGUACGGAGACAGCGGCGAAAUGGAAGAACUUUUCUUCGAAGAUAAGCAAAGCAAUAAUCGCACAAAUGACAAAAGAGUAAAUUCAGAGAAAGCUCAUCUGGCGGAAAAUCGUUUAUACGACGGUCACCAGCAUUCAAGUCACAAGGAUCAAAGGGCAGAAAGUCGGCAUUAUGAACAGUUGUUAUAGAGACGGGCAUGAAGAGAACAGCAAGGUUGGCUGAGGACAUAAAGGACAAUACCUAAUAUCACAUGACAAAGCUGGAAAGCUUGAUAAUCCUCUCAGAUUACAAGAACGUUUACAUGUUUAGGCCGAUCGAGUUAUCUAAUAUUCCGUGCUGAUGGAAACUUUUAUUUCUAAAUAGAUAAACUUGAAUCUUUGAUUCUCUGAUUGUGCAUAAUUAUCAUUUUCCAUGACGGCGCACUUUUCUUUAAAGUCAUUCUUUCAAUUAGGGCUGUCGAGACAUGUCAAUCUAAACAAUCAUAGCACAAAACCUUUAUAUCCCGCUGGUUGUUUUUUUUCCUUGGUCUUAAAAUUUAAGGAAUGAUUUACAUAGAUGUCAAGGGUUAUUUUCUUUUGAGACAGGAAAAAUUACCCUUAAGAACUUAAAGGAGCUCGAGGCCACAAAAUUUAUGUCCGUUGUAUAAAGAUGCGAUAUUAGACCAAGAGGGACAACGAUGAUUCGUCCUUUCAGUACGAAGAUCUGAAAAGUAACUCUCCAAGCUUAUGACUAUACAAUUAUUUAUUGGUCAGUCCUGAGAAUUUGGCGGUAUAUCAAGACUGAAUCAUUUUGUCAAUUCCCCUUACAUAUUUGGUGGACAGUUUGUAAAAAUUGUAAGGAGAUAUUACACGUUGAUCAUUCCAUGGAGAGAAAGGGUUGACGAUUACUUAGAAUGCUCACUUCGCUAUCGUCCAGUAUGCCAGAUGGUCAUGGAAGGAUUUAGUGAGACAAUAACGCGUUGUCAUUCCACAAAAUUUGAAAAUAAUGGAGAAGAGGAAGAAGAACAUUGAAAAGAAUAAAAGACUUAUGUAUGUGAAUUUUGAUCACUCUAGGUGUGCUACGCAGUAACUGUUAUUGUUAAUUCUUCGUUAAAAAGAAAAAAAAGAAGCCAGCAUCUGAUGUUUCAUUUUAAGCAUUUUUUUAAAAGUUAUUAUUCCGUCUUUGGUGUCAAAAUGACUGUGUUUAAUGUCAUGUACUUGUAAUUAUUACAAAAAUG